AUGGAACCCCCCAAGGAUGACGUCCAGCACAACGAAGAUAUUGGAGCCCAAUUUACACUGGAGUGUGAUCAUGACCCUCUUACUCCACAGGAUGACAAAUUGUGUCUCCGAAGAAUUGACUGGAUGCUUCUGCCAGUAAUGUUCAUCACAUUUGGGCUCCAAUACAUGGACAAGGCAUGUUUGACUGGUGCUGCCUUAUUUGGAAUUAUCGAGGAUCUUGAUCUGUUUACUAUCACAAAGGUCAACGGCCAACCGACAAUGGAUCUGAGGAGGUAUUCUUAUACCACCCUCAUCUUUUUUUGGGGAUACUUAGUUGGUGUUAUCCCUGGAGUGUAUUUUAGCCAGCGACUUCCUAUUGCAAAGUACGUCGGGGUUAUGAUUUUUCUCUGGGGAGGAGUCACAGUUUGUACUGUCGCCAUCCAAUCAUACACGGGCUUACUUAUUCUUCGAUUUUUCCUGGGGUUUACCGAAGCAGCGGUAGCUCCAGCCUUCUCUCUGAUUACCGCAAUGUGGUACAAACGUGAGGAGCAACCUCUUAGACUCGCAAUCUGGUAUUCUUCUACCGGGAUUGGAACCCUUGUUGGCACAUUGAUUCUUUAUGCUAUUGGACACAUACAUGGUCGCCUAUCACCAUGGCGAUACCAGUUCAUGACACUUGGUUCCAUUACUUCCGUAUGGGGAUUGGUUGUUAUGAUUCUGCUACCAGACAGCCCCCUCAAGGCUCGAUUUUUAAGUCCGAAGCUCAGAAGAAUCGCCGUUCAGAGGAUGAAGCUCGAACUGACAGGUAUCGAAAACAAAUCGAUCAAGCCUUACCAAAUAAAGGAAGGCUUCCUGGACCUGAAAAACUGGCUGGCCGUACUUAUUAUCUUUUCAAUCAACAUGACAAACGGAGCUCUAGGAGGUUUCGGCUCUGUGAUCACGACGAGCUUUGGCUAUACAGAGCUUAAAUCUAUAUUACUGCUAGGAGUGGUAGGAGUUUUUGUUUUUCUCACCCUACUUAGUACCGGUCUAGUAUCAGCUUUCGUUCGUGAUAUGCGCGGUAUAUGUUCUGCGUUCUGCUGCUUGCCAGUUAUUACCGGGUCGGUGAUGAUCUGGAAGUCGACUUGGGUUAACAAGGCAGUUCCCCUCUGGGGUUUAUUCUUAUUGGGAUUUUUCCCGGCUGUUCACGUCAUGGUGUUAUCAAUCAUCAGCGUCAACACCGCAGGUCAUACGAAAAAAGCGACAACCGCCGGAUUGAUGUGGGUGGCCUAUUGUGCGUCAAAUGGUAUAGCGCCAUUGACGGUUCUCACCGUUCAAACAGAAGAACAUUACCCGACUGCAUUCAAGAUUAUUAUCAGUUUGACUUGCUUAGCUAUAGCCCUGAUUAUAAUUUUGUGCUUCUACCUCCGCCAUGAGAACCAGAGGCGCGAUGCUCUUGCACCGGUGAAUGAAGCAGUAACUUCAGCAACAGCAUUUCAUGAUCUAACAGACAAAGAGAAUCCAAAUUUUCGCUAUCGACUUUGA